UUUGGGGCUCUCGAAGAUCUUUGUUACCCAGGUACUCAAGGUCAACUUGUUUUGCACAGGUUCAUUCGGAAACAGGGCCUGGAUCGUCUUUUCCUGGAGUGUGAUGCACAUAUGUGGCGCCUGGGGGACCGGAGGAUCCCAGAGGGCAUUGCUGUGGACGGUGGCUCUGAUUGGUUCCUGCUUAACCGGAAGUUUGUGGAGUAUGUGGCAUUCUCCACAGAUGACCUGGUGACCAAGAUGAAGCAGUUUUACUCUUAUACCCUCCUUCCUGCUGAAUCCUUUUUCCACACAGUCCUGGAGAACAGCCCCCACUGUGACACCAUGGUAGAUAACAACCUGCGCAUCACCAAUUGGAACCGCAAGUUGGGCUGCAAGUGCCAAUACAAGCACAUUGUGGACUGGUGUGGCUGCUCUCCCAAUGAUUUCAAGCCUCAGGACUUCCAUCGCUUCCAGCAGACAGCCCGGCCCACCUUCUUUGCCCGAAAGUUUGAAGCCAUAGUGAACCAGGAAAUCAUUGGGCAGCUGGAUUCUUAUCUGUAUGGGAACUAUCCUGCGGGCACCCCAGGCCUCCGCUCCUACUGGGAGAAUGUCUACGAUGAGCCAGAUGGCAUCCACAGCCUCAGCGAUGUGGCACUCACCCUGUACCAUUCCUUCAUCCGCCUGGGCCUGCGAAGGGCCGAGUCAUCUCUACACACUGAUGGGGAGAACAGCUGCAGGUACUACCCAAUGGGCCACCCAGCAUCUGUCCAUCUCUACUUCCUUGCUGACCGUUUCCAGGGCUUUCUAAUCAAGCACCAUGUGACUAACCUUGCGGUGAGCAAACUAGAGACACUGGAGACAUGGAUGAUGCCAAAGAAAGUCUUCAAGAUUGCAAGUCCCCCCAGUGACUUUGGGAGGCUUCAGUUUUCAGAGGUUGGCACUGAUUGGGAUGCCAAGGAGAGGCUAUUCCGGAACUUCGGCGGUCUCAUGGGGCCCAUGGAUGAACCUGUGGGGAUGCAGAAAUGGGGAAAGGGGCCCAAUGUGACUGUCACUGUUAUUUGGGUGGAUCCUGUCAACGUCAUUGCAGCCACCUAUGAUAUCCUGAUUGAAUCCACUGCAGAAUUUACACACUACAAACCCCCUUUGAAUCUGCCUCUGAGGCCUGGGGUCUGGACAGUAAAAAUUCUCCAUCACUGGGUUCCAGUUGCAGAGACCAAAUUCCUUGUCGCACCUCUGACCUUCUCCAACAAGCAGCCCAUCAAAGCAGAGGAGGCAUUGAAGCUGCACAAUGGCCCACCUCGCAGUGCCUACAUGGAACAGAGUUUCCAGAGCCUGAACCCCGUCCUCAGCCUGCCCAUCAAUCCUGCCCAAGUGGAGCAGGCCCGGAAGAAUGCAGCCUCCACUGGGACAGCACUAGAAGCCUGGCUGGACUCUCUGGUGGGUGGGACCUGGACUGCCAUGGACAUCUGUGCCACAGGUCCCACCGCCUGCCCAGUGAUGCAGACCUGUAGCCAGACAGCCUGGAGCUCCUUCAGCCCUGACCCCAAAUCAGAGCUGGGUGCAGUCAAGCCUGAUGGCCGGCUCAGGUAGCAAUGGCCACAUGGGACCAAGGGAGCCUCAAUCCCGGCCUCUGACCUUGUUUGGGGGUUGCCUUUUGUACAAGGAUCUCUGCUGACUGUAGAAUGAUGAAGAGAGGGUUUGGAGGCCAGAGAAGAGUCAGCCUGUAUUUGUCAAGCUGGCCUCUGGAGUAGGUGACUCAGUCCCAGGGCCAUAGUGGUCUCCCCUCUAUGGCCGCUUCUGGGUUCUGCAGGUUCCUGUUCUCUCCCUCCGAUGGCCUACACUUGUCCCUCCAAGUGAGUUUCAAACUUUUUUUUGAGCAGCAGAACUCUGUUUAUUCAGCACAGUCAGAGGUGGAAGUGUAAGACCAGGAUGAAAUCCAGGCUGCUCUGGAUGAAGCUGAGGCGUGUGAGGUGGUCCUUUUGCCAAGGGCAUCUCUAAGGUACCUCUUCCAAACCCAAGGGCUCUGUUUAAGCCAGUUUGAUAAGCACUGCCCUGACCAAGGGUGGGAUCUCCAUCCCAGCCCUUUCAUUUAUCUCUUGAUUUCUGUGGCUGGGAAACCUUGUGCCCAUGCUAAAAGUAGCAAGCUCCUGGAGGCCACAUUCCUGGCCUUCCCAGGGCGGUCGAGAUGUGGGACAAUUCCAAAGUUCCUGUUGCUGCUCAGUGAGCUGUUUUCAGUGCAAACCAGAGGUUCGGGAAAGCCUUUUGAUGAAAGUGGCCAUGGUUCCCCAGACAUGUGAUUGCCAACUUGCCAUCUGUCCAGGUCAGCCUCUUCCAAGGUUGUCACAAAUGGUAGCAGGAACAGGGUAAAACAUACAGAGCCGGAGUUUCAAUUCUCUUACCUGCCCCUAGGCAGGGAGACAGCUACUGUGGCCUCUUUGGUACUUGAAAGGGAAGCAGUGAAGAAGCAAGGCUCUGACUCUCAAAGGGGGAUUACUUGGACCAAGCUUCUAAGCUGGAUGGUAUCACAGAACCACCCCUUCUGUUCUAAGGUCAGGUACCCCAAGCCUUUGUGUACUGUGCACUUGGUGCUGUUGGCUGUGACCAAACUGUAUUGAUAAGACUUCUCUCACCCAGGAACAAACAUUUCAGAUUGGGUCCUUAAUAUCAUACCCUUCCUUGCCUAGGGUGCCAAUAGGCUCAGUCUGGCUACACCACAUAAAAGGAAGUUUGAGUUUCAAAAGUGGGAAGGUGGUUCAAAAAAAUAGUGUUAUUCAUAUUGCUUGAGUUACCAGAAACCCAAGGGUUUCCUUGCCAUGUGUGUUCUGAGGAGGGCAUUGAGGAAGAGUAUCCCCUUCCUCAUUGAGUACCCCAAAAGACAAAGUUCUCUGGCAAAAUUUCACCCAUCCUUGUAUCUCUCCCAGCAUGGAUAGGAAGGUACUGAAGCCCACCUUGAUAAUGCAUCUAGUGCACAGCCCCUCCCUAUCCAACAUGAUGGGCAUAGAGAAGGGACCCUUGGUAUUUAUUAUUUAUAUGUUUUAGUCAAUGACUAAUUAGUAGGUGCUGUUUUUUGCAGCUUGUCAAUUAUGUUAUCUUACUAACUAAAAUUGCCUUUAUUCACAAAAGGCUCCCCUUUCCCUAUCUUCCCUAGUCUGCCUGCCUUUGUCUCUCAUUUCACUGUUUCUAUCUCUCAGUGUCUACCCUACAUCCUUCUGGUUCUUAGAACAAAGCAGGGGGGUUAGACACCAUGGCACAGUUUCAAACAGUGCGGUCACUGUCAGGAAGUUGAUCCAUGUGGCUGACUGGAACCUCCCUUUUGCUUACACAGGAUGUUGGUCUCAUCUGUCCCUCUAAAUUCAAAAGUGUUGGAAUGCUUGAGAACCCCCCUUAUCCUGACCCCUCACCCCUGGACAAGGAAGUGAUAGUCUUAUGGCUUAGGGAGGGAGAAGUGUGCUGAGUGUAAAACUCUAGGUCCACUCAGUUGCCCUACACCAGGCUUCUCAUGACAAGUUUAAGUAUGAGCACAAGCUAUCUCUGGCACAGGAAGACAGAAUUCUUCCAAGAUUGAUUGAUCAUAGGAGGAGAGGUGAGGUCAGAUGCAGCCAGAAGAGCUCAGGAGGUAGCUACUGUCUGUGCUUGUCCUGGAGCCAUCAGGUAGCUUCUCUAAAAACCCAUAGGAUUUAAACUGGUUUUACAGAUCCAUGGGAACCAUGAGCCUAGAGCCCCAUUCUCUCAAUGCCUGGGACUACGGAAUCUCUGGGAGUACCCCCUUAACCCCCCUUCUGCUAGAGAUAUGUGUAUUCUGUCCUGGGAGGUCCCUGGGAGCCACAGAUUAUAAGACAAGGUCUAUCUGACCCAAUGACACUCCAUGACAUUUUCCAUACUGGAACUAGUUAGAAAUGGCAAAACUGACUUUGUAUCCCCUGAGCUCCUUCCUCACUCACCACAGCUAAUUUGGUAUUUAUUUCCUCUGUUUUGGACCCAGAGAAUAAUUUUCCCAGAUAUUGCUUUUAGUUUUGAAAAAAUGGAAAAUUUAAAACAAGUUCAGCAUAAUUUAAAAAAAUGUGUUUUCCUAUGGAAAAUGGAUUAAGUCCUUAUUUGUUGGUGUCUUCCUGCUGAAAACAAUGUGUUUGUUGGAGGCCAUGGGUAAAACAAUACCCUUGGGAGGUGGCUGCCUGAAGGUUUUGAAAACACAGAGCCAUCAUCUCUGGGAACCUUAAAGUCUGCAGUCUGCAGAAGCAAGAUGCCAUGGGCAGUCUGGAAGGCUGAGAGGAGAGUUGGGCAUCCCUUAUGGGAAGAAACUACCCCCUCCCAAAGCCUACUUCCUGGGCUAUGUCGGAAGCUAUAGUCUCUGAGAAGGAAGGGGACAACUCCCUAUGCCCUCUUCCUCUAGUGAUACAGCCGUUUUUUUGUUUUUUUG